CUUAUACCUUAUUACUGCAAGAGCUUAGUUCCUAUAACCUGAUAUAUUAACAAUAAUAUUACAACCAACAGUAAAAUAAUGGAAAGUCCCUCUUAACAGUAAGCGGCAGGACAGACGUACUCAAGUGAUGGAGCAUUUCCUGUCGAGAUAAAAGCGACAAAUUUGCCUGCUGUCGAAUGUUUACAUUUCAGUCACAAGCUGGUGGUGGGCUUCACCACCAUAAGGGAGGUCUAGUGUGAAAUCAUUAUUUUCUGGUGCUUAUCUCGUGCUAUCGCCUUAAGCGGCAAUUGUGUGUGUGUGUGUGUGUCCAUUGUGUGUGUGUGUAAUGGAAAAGUUUUACCUUCAACGUUAUAUAUCUGAAAAUAGGAAGAUUUAUUGAAUUGAAGGAAACUACUGAAGAACUUCUCAUAUGACUCUCUCUCUCGGAGAAUCACUUCAGAUUUCAAGAGAAAGCAUGGACGCAAUACUGUGCUUUCCCGCGGUCACGCCCUUCAACCCGCACGACGGAACCCUGAGAAUAACAGACAAGAACGUCUCCGAAUUCUCCACUCUCCCGAGGAACAGGAACCUCCGGAGGAUCCGAGUCGAAGUCCGAAGCAACCCCCUAUACGUUUACGAGCUCGAGAGGCUCCUGGUCACAUCCUCCUCUAGGAGAAUGAGGGUGGAUGACCUCUCCUUCGAGGAGCUGUUUCGUCAUCCGGAUGACAUCCAGAGGUCUGUGCUCCUCCAGCCGCUGCGGGAGGUCCUGACCAGAUGCAGCGUGCGAUAUUACAUGGGGCAGUUGGAUAAAACUUUCUUCAUCCCAGAUACGAUGGAAAUAUUGUGCGCAAGUGUCCCUGAUAAUGAUGCCUUUCAACCUCUUAAGAAGGCUAUUGCCAACGGGAGACACCACUUGGGAUUCCUAUGUGUAAAUUUGAGAGUUUCUUCGAUCGACAUAGAGCAACUGCUGCCACUCAAUGGAUUCAAGGGAUGGCAGCCAUCUUUGUUGCUCCCUGACGUUUACACAAGACAUAUAAGCAAGGCGGUUGCUCUUGCCAAAGUUCUUCUUCCCACGGACAGAGGAAUGUUUGGGUCGUUGUUCUUCCCAAGAUGCAGGGGAAAGGCAGCGCAGAUCAUACAGGAGCUGAUAGAUUCAGACAUUAAAGUCAGUGGCGGUCUCUUUUUCCCUUCCACCAGCAUCCCUUAUACGGCAGAGGAACAAGACGUCCUGGAAUUUCUGGCAAAGGACACACUGGGUGCCAAGUGUGGUAUAGUGUGGGGCAAAUAUGAUGAAGUUCACAAAGGAACUGUGUACGACAUGGAUUCCUGGUGGUGAUGAUGGAAAACGUAAGGAUUUUGCGACGACAGAUCCUUCGUGAAUUAUAUAUAGAGGAAUUACUGAUGGUAACGUUCCCUGUCAUGAAAGCUGAGUUAUUUACAGAACGUAAAUUUAGGCAUCUGCCUUCCAACAGAACGUAUGCCGCACCACGCACGUUUGUCAAGAUUUGCCUCAUUUUUACUGCUUAUAAAUGUUUAGCAUUGAGUAAAUUCUAAAAAAAUUUAGGUAUCUGCCUUCCAAAAUAAAAAAAAUUUAAAUUACAAUUGUCUUUCGUGUUAAACUUCGUGAGUGAAAAUAUAUAUUUCUGUUUCAUAAAGAAGCAGUCGCCCAUCACCACAAUGUUAUUUUCGUU